CUGCCGAGGCGCCAACGGCCGCAGCGCGUCCCGGGCCGCGCCGGCGCCGCCUGAGAGCCGAGCCCGCGCUGACCGGGGCCCGGGCCGGAUGGGCGCUGCGGGCCGGGGCGCGGACCGCCGAGCGGCCGUUGUGACAUUUUUCUCUCAUCCCAGCUGUGUGGACAGUGCCACACGCCCUCCGAACAACAACGGCUCUUGCGUGCAUCUUUCAGUGUCUCUUUUGUCAGAGAGCCCAGCAGAGCCACCAGCCUUCCAGUGCCAGCCCUGAGCUGAGCGAAGAGUGCCCAGCCGAGAUGGUGAAGAUGACAAAAUCCAAAACUUUCCAAGCUUAUCUGCCAAACUGUCACCGAACAUACAGCUGUGUCCACUGCAGAGCCCACCUGGCCAAUCACGAUGAGCUGAUCUCCAAGUCUUUUCAGGGAAGUCAGGGACGAGCCUACCUCUUCAAUUCUGUGGUGAAUGUGGGCUGCGGCCCUGCGGAGGAGAGGGUCCUUCUCACUGGUCUGCAUGCGGUCGCAGACAUCUACUGUGAAAACUGCAAAACCACGCUCGGGUGGAAAUAUGAACAUGCCUUUGAAAGCAGUCAGAAAUAUAAGGAAGGAAAAUUUAUUAUUGAGCUUGCCCACAUGAUCAAAGACAAUGGUUGGGAGUAAAGUGAAAACUUUGUUCUCUUCCGAAUGCUAUUUUGUGAAAGAGACUGUAAGUGUAACGGAGGCAUCCUGGAUGACAGUAUUUCUUGAACUUGAACGUUACGGCGGGCUGGCCUCUCCCGGCCGUUCGGGUGGUAAGGUGUCCCUCCAGCCUCUCUCCUGUUGACGUACAUGGCUGUUUCUGAAAUGUUUCAAUGACCUUUUGCUAACUUCUCAAGUUCUAGAGAAAGAAUUAACCAACUGAUGACUUA